AUGGCAUCCAUCCAGUCUCCCACUCCCAAGCUCGACCGUUACAUCAUCAUCCACGUCGCUACUACAUGUGAUGAGCAUGGCGUCUACGUUACAAAGGACUCUGCUGAAGUCAUCGAGCUCGGAUGGAUACUCCUCGACACCAAGAACUGUGAAGAAAUCCAUCGUGAAAGCAUUCUUGUGAAACCGGUCAACACUCCCAUCACGCCUCUCUGCACGAGCUUGACAACCCUUACGUGGGAACAUGUUCGGUCCGCAGGUACCUUCCGUGACGCCAUCAACCGGUUCGAUACAUUCGCUCAAGAGAACCUGGUAUCCAAGAACCUCGAGUUCGCCUUUGUGACGCUGGAUUCCUGGGACAUGCGCGUGCAGCUGCCUAGGGAGGCCCGGGACAAAGCUGUUGUGCUACCCCCGUAUCUGCAGCAUUCCCGUACCUUUGACCUCAGGACGGAAUAUCAACGCUGGCAGCAGCAUCACCCAGAGUCCCUCCCUUUCGGGCCAAGUGACCUGGCCAACAUCUGUGCCGCCCUUGAAGUCGAGCCGGUCCAGUCCUCCGCUCCCAUCAAGCACAACCUCCCCUUCCACCUACAAGCGCUCGCUCCUGCCUCGCCUCGCCGGGCAAUGGAAGAAGUCAUCACGCUCGCUCGAGUGCUUCGUGGGCUGAUUCGCAAGUCUCAGCCACCACACGAGCACCCGGAGAUUAUGACCCGCCCCAUGGAUGCUAGAGCGGAUGUUCGUGCGUUCUUGGCGGAGCGUAGUAAGGUUUUGCACAUGAGUGGUCUGCCCCAUGAUACUACACAGUCUGAACUGGAGAGCUGGUAUACUCAAUUCGGCGGACGUCCCAUCGCUUUCUGGACCCUGAGAACCCCAGACCAACACAAGCCCACCGGCACCGGCUUCGCAGUCUUCUCUUCCCACGAGGAGGCUGCUGAGAGUCUUUGCAUGAACGGCCGUGCCUUGAACGACAAAGCUAUUGAAGUCUCCCCUUCCUCGAGCCGUGUUCUCGACCGUGCUGCGGAAAUUCUCGCUCCGUUCCCACCUAGCAAGAACCGUCCUCGUCCUGGUGAUUGGACUUGUCCAUCAUGCGGCUUCUCCAACUUCCAGCGCCGUACCGCUUGCUUCCGCUGCUCGUAUCCGGCCGUUGGCUCCGGUCCGGACCCAAUGCCGUACCCUUACGCGUACGGACCACCAAACAUGAUGCCACCACCUCACCACAUGGGCCACCACGGAGGCCACGGAGGCCACGGUGGACAUGGUGGACAUGGCGGUCACGGCGGUCAUGGUAUGGGCCAUCACUCGAGAGGAAUGGGAGGAAACGGCGGUGUUGUCCCAUUCCGUGCUGGAGACUGGAAGUGUGGCUCUGACGGCUGUGGCUACCACAACUUUGCGAAAAACAUCAACUGUCUCCGCUGUGGUGGCCCACGCUCAGGUGCUGCUGUUGUCGCCGACUCUGCAUUCCCAACUCCUAUGGACCCGCAGUCCGGGUUUGGCAUGAGCGGCCCGGCCUCCAUGGCUACCGCUCCAGGAGCAGGUCCGUUUGCUUCCAGUGGAGGUAACUUCGGUGGAUUUGGCCAACAGUUCGGUGGCCCACCAAGCACCUAUUCCCUCCCAUCCGGACUCGGUAACGCACCUGGACCGUACCCACCCAUGGGCCAAAUGAACCAUGGCGGUUACGGGUCCACGAGUGCAUCUCAGUCCGUAGCAUCAUUCGGAAACCCUGCUACUCAGGCUGCAUUUACCGCUGCUGACCACACCCCACAGCCUGUCGGCACUUCCAAUGGCGGAUUCUAUGGUGGUGAUGGAGCAUCGGAUCCUUUCGCCUUUCUCUCAACCGGCCUCGGCGGGCUAACUGUUGGAGAUGAAUCACAUGGACGCAGAAAUGGAGCAUCCGCCAACAAAUCCCCUGCUUAA